AAGCCGCGCACAGACAUAGUAACGAACCCGUACCCUGCGGACAUCUCCCUCUCGAUCGGAAGGUAAAUUUGUGCAGUUAGUGAAGCUCCCUCCGGACCGGAAGAUCCAAUCAGCGUAGUUUGGGUUUGCGACUAGUAAACAAAAUUAAGUGCGGUCUGGCUGUGCCCUUUCGAAAGCAAAAGUGUCCACAAAUCGGUUUCGGUGCGUCCGUGUGUACUUUUUGGUGAGUGAACUGUCAUUUACCGGUGGUCGUGUUGUUGAAAUUGAAGCAAGUCUGUUGCGCAAGGUUCUAUCCAUUUCGACUGUGAUUACGGUACGAGAUCGGACUUCCGCGAGUACCGCUCAGUGAGUACGUGAUAACGGCCGAAUAGUUUGGCUAGACGUAAUCGGUGUUUUUUGUGUAAUUCUCCAAUCGAAUCGGGUGUUUGGUGUACGAAAGCAACAACAGCAAAAGCAGCCAUACCAUGUGGAAGUCCAUUGUCAGCGUGCUUAUGCUAACCGUGCUGGUUGCGGCGCAGGAUGGUCCUCCUUCAUAUGUCAUGCAGUGCAAACGAUCGGAUCCGGAGCUAAUCUCAUGUCUGAAAGGUUCUCUGCAUCAUUUGCGGCCAUACCUUGCGAUGGGAAUACCUGACAUCAAGCUCCCACCCGUCGAGCCAUUUGUUAUGGACCAGUUGUCUCUUCAGCUGACCGGAGGACCCCAAGGUUACAGGAUAAACUUGAAAAACAUGGAAGUGUUCGGCGCCAGUAAUUUCACCGUCAAAACAAUCAAACUGAGCGAAGGCGACAAGCCGUUCGAGGCGAGACUAAGUAUUCCGAAGCUAGUGAUCCAUGCAAAGUACACCUCCAGUGGAGUGCUGAUUAUCAUUCCAGCCAGCGGUUCGGGCGAUUUCGAUGCCGUUUUCGACGGAGUCACCGCCGAUGUCAAGGGCCGUGUGUCAUUCAACGAGAAGCCAACCGGUACCCACAUGCGGGUGGAAACUCUUGACCUGAACCUGGCAAUCAAGAAGCCCCGGCUGAGCGUUUCGAAGAUCUUCAACAACAACAGAAUCCUGACGGAAGCCACCAAUUUGUUUCUGAAGGAAAAUGGUAACGAAGUGCUGCGAGCUCUGCAACCCCAGCUGCAGAAGAAACUAUCGGCCGAAUUCGCUGGAAUCUCCAACCAGCUGAUGGAGAACGUUCCCCUCAACUAUUUCCUCGUUGAUUAGAUGCUUUGUGAUGUCCAAUUUGGCUAUAUAUUUUCUAUUUGAUUCUUGUUAGUUAAUUGUAUCUUGCCUGUACCUAAACUUACCUGUGAAAUUUGUGUAACAGUUAAGGGAAACUCGUUGAUGGAAUUUUUUCCUUAUGGGAAACUAAUUGAAUGAAGCGUACAUUGUUAAAUAAAUGUAAAUGAAAUACUUGUUAGGAAUACAGAAGUAUCAUGAUGAGGGAACCUGCUCUUUGGUAGUAUCUAGUAAGAACAAAAUGGGAAUUGUGCAUUGUAGAUAAUCGCAUGAAAGUUUACAAGAAUAAGUUGUUAAAAAUUAACGUCGUGCAUCAAACAAUAUUUCGUACUAGUAAUUUGAAGAAUUUUUAUGCACCUCGAAUUGUGAUCAUAUGCAAUGAUAAAGAAAAACAUAGUUGACAAAAAACAAUCAAAAUCCGCCGUGAUGGUAACAUGUGUGUACGAGUUAUUACGGGUACACCUUUUAUUGUAUAAAUAAAUAAUUUGUGAUAUAAACAA